AGUUCGAGCACUAUAGAAGUUCCUGGAUCAUGUGAAAUGAUAGUAGUACCAAAGGCACCCUAUAAUUUCAUAAUAAAAAAUGGAAAAUUGGAUAUGGAGAUUCUGUGCGGUCAGAAAUUCAUACAUACACAAAGGGGUUUGAUAGGAAAGUCGUUUCGAUCCAAUCUAUUCUUGGGGUCAAAUAAAGAAAAAGGAUAUGUCAGUGACUUGGCACGCCAAAGCACUCUCCGAAGGCAUGGAAUGUCUACUUUUUUAGUCAGAAUCACGAUGGUAAUGUCUCUAUUAGAUUCUUUGGUCGAAAUACGAGAAAAUUCCAUUCAAUUCUCGACGAAAAUGAAGUUUUGUGAAUUCUCCCCAGAACUGGAAGAUCAUUUCGAGGUCUUCAAACAUAUUUGAGGGUUCAAUGUGACUAUUGUCACUUCGGCCAACACACAAGAUGAGACACCAACGUGGAGCGGCUUUUAG